AUGGCACCGACAAUACCGCAAUCCAAAAUGAUCCAAUACUGCUUUGCUUUCAUUUGUGCAUUCCUGCAGAUGGGCGAAUGUCUGCGAGACACGCCCUUCGGAGAGCUCCUACGCUUUCUCGGCCUCAAGGCCUACUUGUUCUUCCCAGAAGAAGCUGAGAACUUCCAGGCACCAUCAUUCUCGACUGUCAUCGAAGCUACACCAUCCAAAGAGAUCGAGAAUGAUGUCGAAGAUCCAGAAAGAGCCGUGCCCAAGUCUCCCGUCGUCGAUGCUCCGCCCGAAGAGAUCAUCAAGAGGCUGUCGUCUAAGAACAUCUCCGCUGCGACUAUUGUCACCUGGUAUUCCCCUGAAGAUCCAGAGAACCCAAGGAACUGGUCCGACUUGAAGAAGGCAUGGGUCAUCAUCGUCUUGACCGUCUACACUUUCGUGGUCUACUGUACAGCUUCCAUCAUCACGCCGACAGUGGACUAUGUUAUGCACGAGUUCGACGUCUCCAUCGAUGUUGCCAGCCUAGGACUGUCACUGUACGUGGUAGGAUAUGGCGUUGGACCAAUGUUCUUCUCACCGAUCAGCGAAAUCCCCGCAAUAGGCCGGAAUCCGCCCUACUUGUACUCCUUCAUCCUGUUCUUCAUCAUCAGUAUCGUUCUGGCUGUGGUCAAAAGCUUUCCAGCUCUCCUCGUUCUUCGUUUCUUACAAGGUGUCUUCGGGUCACCAGUUCUGGCCUCUGGGGCUGCUACGAUCGAGGACAUCUAUGACAUCUACUCAGCACCUUAUGGGUAUAUUUGGUGGAUCGCCGCCAUGUACUGCGGACCUGCUUUUGGACCGCUCUUCCCGGCUUGGGCUGUGGCGGAUGACUGGCGGUGGGCUCUGUGGAUCACAGUCAUCAUGGCCGGUAUCGUCAUGGUUAUGCUUCCACUCGUCCCUGAGACCUCGCCUACGAAGAUCAUCCUCCAUCGUGCUCGCCGCCUGCGGAAGGUCACAAAGGAUGAAUCAUACAUGGCCCCAAGCGAACUGAAGCCUCUCAACUUCGGCGCCAACCUCCAAAUUGCGUUGAACAAGCCUUUGGAAAUCACAGUCAAGGAUCCUGCCAUCGCUUUCGCAUGCAUAUACGGAGCGAUCGUGUAUGCCACAUACUAUUCCUUCUUCGAAUGCUUCCCGAUAGUUUACCUCAAAAUCUACCACUUCGACCUUGGGCAGCUCGGCCUCGUCUUCUGCGGCUCCAUCACCGGCGGCUGCGCGGUCGGCCUGGUCAUCUACUACACCUACCUUCGCCACUACUUCAUCCCGCGCGCCCGCCAUAUCCAAUCCACAUCACCAACCCUCCAACCCGUACCACAAGAAGCAUGGCUACGCCCCGGCCUCCUCGGAGUCUUCGGCCCGCCCAUAGGUCUCUUCCUCUUUGCCUUCACCGCCAAGGAGUCCACCCACUGGAUCGUCCCCACUAUGGGCAUCGGCAUCUUCGCGGCGACUAGCUUCGCUGUCUUCCAGAGUCUGAUCUGCUAUAUCCCGCUGACGUACCCGAAGUACGUGGCGAGUCUGUUCGCGGCGAAUGAUCUGACGAGGAGUGCGGCGGCUGCGGUCAUGGUUGUUGUGGGUAGGUGGAUGUAUGAGGAUUUGGGCAUUGAGAAGGGUGUUUGUGUUGUGGCGGGGUUGAGUGGGUUGGGGACCGUGGGGAUGUGGGUGCUUUGGUGGUUUGGGGCGCGGAUGCGGGCGAGGAGUAAGUUCACGGGGUGA